CCAUAUAUGUGGGCCUGUCUGGGAAUCGGUUUGUCAGUGGCACUUUCCGUGGUAGGAGCUGCUCUAGGCAUUCACACUACAGGCACCAGCAUUGUGGGUGGCGGUGUAAAAGCUCCACGUAUCAAGACAAAGAAUUUGAUUUCGGUUAUCUUCUGUGAAGCUGUAGCUAUUUACGGCCUGAUCACUGCCAUCGUUUUGUCCGGUUUAUUGGAUUCGUUCACGAUGGCAGCAGCAUUAGAAAACCAAACUGUAAUGAAUAAUAAUUGGUUUGGAGGAUAUGUAAUGUUUGGAGCCGGUCUAGCAGUAGGUCUAGUCAACUUGUUCUGUGGUAUCGCUGUUGGCAUUGUUGGUUCCGGUGCUGCGCUAGCUGAUGCUGCUAAUUCUGCAUUAUUCGUGAAAAUUUUGAUAGUGGAAAUUUUCGGUUCAGCUAUUGGUCUUUUUGGUCUGAUUGUGGGUAUCUACAUGACAUCCAAAGUGAAAAUGGGCGACAAGAAAGAUUAAAUUAACACAAAAGAGGACGAUAGAAGGUGAUUUAAGCCAUCAGUAUCGCAGAUUCUUCAUGUUUUUAUUUAACUGUCAACAAAUUCCAGA